UUGUUAUGUCAUUGGAGAAUGCCACGUAUCAUUUAAGAGCAGUUUCCUUUUUAAACCUUCUGGAAAAUCUUUCGAUAAAUUGGGUAGCGUUUGAAAUAAGGCGCGACCCGUCAAAAUUCUAAAUUUCUUAGUGUUGCCUGCCGAUUGGAAAAUCCGCAAAGAUGAUGUCCAAGCUGGGAGCCAUCCUGGCCCGAAGGACAGCUUGUUCCAGCGAUAAACGCCGUAUACUUGGCCACGGACUAUGGUUUGCCCAGCAGCUCAGCAGGGUCAGAGUUCGCGGAGGUCACUGCUGCGGCGGCAUGAAGGUGGUGCCCUCGCGCGAGGAGCACCUGAACGCCCUCAAGGGUGAGGAGUUCGAUGUGCUGGUCAUCGGCGGAGGAGCGGUGGGCUGCGGUUGCGCAGUGGACGCGGCCUGUCGAGGUCUCAAGACCGCCCUCAUCGAGGCGGAUGACUUUGCCAGCGGAUCGAGUUCGCGUUCCAGUAAACUGAUCGAUGGCAGUGGAUCCUACCUGGGCACCGCUCUCCGGGAAAAGGACAUCGAGCAGCUGUACAUCAUGCUGCAGAUGAUGAGCGAGCGGGUGACCAUGCUGAAGAACGCCCCGCACCUGAACCGCAUCCAGCCGAUGAUCAUACCCAUAUACAGCGUGCUGCAGAUGCCCUGCACCUGGCUGGGAUUGAAGGUCUACGACUUUAUAUCUGCCGCAUCGAAUGUGCGUGGGUCGCACUUGCUCUCAAGGGAGGCCACCCUCUACGAGUUUCCGCUCCUGAAGACUAAAGGUCUGCGCGGAGGAGUCGUCUACUACGAUGGCCAGGUGGACGACGCCCGGAUGUGCAUCGCCUUGGUGAUGACCGCCGUCGCCCUGGGCGCCAAUGUGGGCAAUCACAUGGAGGUCGUGGAGCUCAUGCCCAUGGAGGGCUGCUGUCGGGUGGUCGGGGUCAGGGACAAGAUCUGCGGCGAGCAGUUCUACAUACAGGCCAAGUCGAUAAUCAAUGCCACGGGCACCAACACGGAUGCCAUCCGGCAGAUGGACAAGGAAGGCACGGCUCCUAUUCUGGCGCCCACUGUAGGAACCCAUGUCUCACUGCCCCGCUACUUCGGCUCCGGGCACUACGGCCUGCUGAGUCCGGCGCACAGAAAAGAGGACCUCACCAUUUUCAUGGUGCCAUUCGAAAACCACACGGUUCUGGGCAUUCGCGAGACGGAAAUGGAUGAAGUGCCCGGCCGUGGGAGUCCCACUCCCGAUCCGGAUGACGUGGACUGUCUGCUGGAGGCGGCCAAAACCAGGAUGGAGCCCUGCGUAGAGCUGGGACGCUGCCACGUCCUGAGCGCCUGGACGGGAGUAAAGCCCAACGUGAGCUGCCCGACCGGCAAGUCGGAGGAGGAAGAGGAAAAGCGGGGAUCCCCGAUCAGCAGCUAUGUGAUUGAGGUCAGCGAGGAGGGACUCAUCACGCUGGCCGGUGGCCGUUUCAGUAGCUAUCGUGUAAUGGCCGCCGAUGCCGUCGACAUGGCUAUCAAGUCUUGUGGAUUGUGUGACGACCAUGUGACCUCGAGUUGGACGCAAGACCUUAAGCUGGACGGCGCCGAGUCCUGGUGCUGCAUGCUGCCGCUGGAGUUUGUCCAGGACUACGAUGUGCCCAUGGAUGUGGCGCAGCACAUAUCCGAUUCAUAUGGCUGGAAUGGGCAUGCCCUAUUCUCGGAUGCUCCCGAUCUGAGGAAACGUCUGCAUCCCAACUUCCCGUACAUCGAGGCAGAGGUCCAGUAUGCGGUCCGGAACGAGUACGCCUGUACACUGGUGGAUAUCAUCGCAAGGCGCCUACGCAUCGCCUUCGUGGACGCAGCCGCCUCGCUGCACAUGCUCCCGAAGAUCCUCAAGAUCAUGGCCGAGGAGAAGGGUUGGGAGGAGGAGCAGCAGCAGAAGCAGAUGCUGGCGGCCCAGGAGUUCCUGGUGCGCCAGAUGGGACUCGGUACGAUAGUCCGGCCCAGGGGCACGAGCAAGAGCCAGCCGAAGAAGAAGGCCUCCUCGGAGGGAUGUUGUUGCCGGGCAGCUGCUCGCAAGGAGGCCAGGAGCUACUCCAGGGGUCACCCUCGGAUGGUAGUUGCCAGCAAGGAUGAUGACCUUAAGCCUGUGCCCAUUCACAGGUACAGCAAGGACAGCUUCCAGCCCCUGGCCACCCAAAAAUCCAACAAAAAUGUCCGUAAAGCCACAGAUUUCUUGCCCUUCACCUCGGGCAUUACCCACCAAGCGGUGGUGGACAAUGAUCGAUCUAAAUCCAUUGCCUCUGGCGGCUGGUCGGUUGGCAAGAGAGAACUCAUCAUCAACGCUUGGCGCAACAAGUUCAUGUGCUAACAUAUUUUUAGACAUUGUAAAAGUUUGACUUUAGACUCGGAUAUUUCAAAAUUGUAGGUAUCACAAUUCGUUCCGUGCGGGUCUUUCUAAGCCAAAAAUAAAAUCCACCUGUUUUGGUACUAGUUAUUAUUUACAAA